ACCCCUGACCCCUGACCUCUCAUCUCCAGAAGAACGAGUGAAGAAGCUGCGCGGUACGAUCCGGCGGAGCACGGAGACGGGCAUCGCCGUGGAGAUGAGAAACCGGGUCACGCGACAGGGCAGCAAGGAGUCCACCGACGGCAGCACCAACUCCAACAGCUCUGACGGAACGUUUAUCUUCCCCCCCACUCGCAUGGGUCCAGAGAGCCAGUUUAGUGACUUUCUGGAUGGACUAGGCCCCGCCCAGAUCGUAGGCCGACAGACACUAGCCACACCCUCCAUGGGUGACAUCCAUGUGGGUAUGGUGGACAGAGGAGGCCAGCUAGAGGUGGAGAUCAACCAGGCCAGAGGACUGACCCCUAAACCAGGGUCAAAGAACAUCCCAGCGACCUACGUGAAGGUGUAUGUGUUGGAGAAUGGGGCGUGUCUGGCUAAGAAGAAGACCAGAGUGGUGAAGAAGACUCUAGACCCGUCCUACCAACAGGCCCUGCUGUUUGAAGAGAGCCCUCAGGCCAAAGUCCUCCAGGUGAUUGUGUGGGGUGACUGUGGGCGGAUGGACCACAAGUGCUUCAUGGGCAUGGCUCAGAUCAUGCUGGAUGAGUUGGACCUUGGUGCCACGGUGAAGCGGAUGGUACAAGCUGUUCCCCACCUCGUCUCUGGCUGA